CGUCGCUCACUAAAAAGUAGCACAUAAAGCCGAACCUAUGCUCCCGUAACCCGCCCGGUCACCUUUGAGGACAGGAUAAAUCACGUCAUCCUGCACGACAGCAGACACUGACACAUUUAGUUUUAAAUCUGUCGGAAGAUAUUCCUUUCAUUCAGAAGUCAGCUAUCAUUUUCAAGACGACUUUCGCAUUCGCUUUUCUGCGUCUCUUUUAACAUAUCUAUGGAAAUCACAUUGAUUAGUAGUUUCAUAACGAAAGCAAGUGUAAUGGUUGUAUUAUAAGAUUAACUAUGGGUGCUAAUAUCCUGGAAUCUAAUAUAAGCACCAACUUCACUCCCGGCGGCUACACGGGGACAGUCCACGAAACUGGAGCGGCUCACCCGGGCUAUAUGAUGGUGAUUCUGGCCGUGCUUAUGAUUAUUCUGGUAGUCGUGGUUGUGGCUGGCAACGCACUUGUUAUCCUGGCUUUCAUUGUUGACAAGAGCCUACGAAAUCAAAGCAACUACUUCUUCCUCAACCUUGCCAUUUCUGAUUUUCUUGUUGGUGCAUUCUGCAUCCCUGUAUACAUCCCCUACAACCUGACAGGCCGCUGGGUGCUGGGCAGAGGUCUCUGUAAGCUGUGGCUCCUCAUGGACUACUUGCUCUGCACUGCCUCUGUCUUCAACAUAGUCCUCAUCAGCUAUGACCGGUUCCUCUCUGUCACCAGAGCAGUGAAAUAUAGAGCUCAGCGGAGCAUGACCCACCAUGCUGUGGUGAAGAUGGUGGCUGUGUGGGUGUUGGCCUUCCUUCUCUAUGGCCCUGCCAUUAUCUUCUGGGAGCUGGUUGUGGGUAAAAGCAUUGUCCCUGCCGACGAGUGUUUCGCUGAGUUCUACUGCACCUGGUACUUCCUACUCAGUGCGUCUACGUUUGAGUUCUUCACCCCCUUUAUCUCUGUGACCUUCUUCAACCUGUGCAUCUACCUGAACAUCCAGAGGAGGAACAAGAGCAGGGCUAUCCGUAAGGAGGACACCAAGGCACACAGGGACAGGGGCAGUCUCAGGGACGGGGGUGCUACCUUGUCUGUGUUUUUUGUCAAGACUUGCAAGGUAUCAUCGAGCGAGCCAACCGCUGUUUCAGAAGUGACAGAGGAGAACGAGGAGCUGUCGCCAUCCUCCAGUGGGGAGCCCAGCAGCGGACACACCUUCAUUCAGAGAAAGAAGGGCCCUUCCUGCAGGAAAACUUCCAGGCUCCUCCAAUUCCAGGCCCCCACCGUGCCAUCCAGCAGGAGCUCAGAGGGCUCCCGCCUCUCCCGCGACAAGAAGAUUGCCAAGUCGCUGGCCAUUAUAGUGUGCAUUUUCGGGAUCUGCUGGGCACCUUACACCCUACUGAUGAUAAUACGAGCGGCCUGUAGCGGGCGAUGUGUGGAGCACUACUGGUACGAGGUGACGUUUUGGCUCUUGUGGCUGAACUCUGGUAUUAACCCUUUCCUUUACCCUCUCUGCCACAGCAGCUUCCGAAGGGCUUUUGCUAAGAUACUGUGCCCCAAGCGUCAGUCUGUCCAACCUCACAUUGAGACCCAGUCUUGCUAGUGAUGCAACGUAUGGCUGGCUGGGAGUCACUGGAGUGAGAAGACUACUGCAAAUGGAUAUGGAUUUUUUUCCUCAGGCAUUGUGGAAUGUUGUGUACAUAGCUCAGCCAUGAAUAGGAGUGUGAAACCCUUUUUUAGAUACUCACUUUGGUCUUUGUUAUUCAAAUAUGAUAGAAAAAAUGUUAUUACUGAUAUCCCUGUUUUUUUGUUUCAGACACAUCAAAUCCUUCUAUGUGCCAAGUUUGAAACUUGCACUUAGAGGGUAAAACCAAGUGUUUGCGUUUACAUUUCAGAAGUGAAUCUACAUAUACUGUAAUAUUGAAAUACUACUUGUUGUAGAUAUAUUUGUUGUGUUGUUGCUAAUGCAUUUGGGUGUGAAUAGUGUAGGUGCAGAUGCUCCUAGGACUGGGAGGAAAUCUCAAAUCUUAUCAGUGCUUCGUGUCUCUGCCAGUUAUAGAUCUGAAUGGUACUGGUAUACUUGUAAAUGUGCUAUGUAGAAAAAGAUUUUCACUGUUAUUUUCAGUGAAAUGUGAAAGAAUAGUUCAGUGUAAUACCAAAUCAAGUGUUCCUUGGUGUGUGUGAUUGCCAUGUGUUUACCCCUACUUCUACAUCACUUUGUUGCGAACAUGGUGAUGACACAGAGGUAAUAUACAGAUGUAGGAUCUUAAUUUGAGCCAGUUUGCUAGAGCAGGAAAAUAAUAAUGCAGCAACAGGAAAUGUGAAUGAUGAUGCAAAUUAUAAUCAAUGGACAUUUUGGUAGGGGUUCAUACAUUUUUCAUAAGGGUAAAUCAAGUCUUCAAUUUCAAUGUGGAAAUUACAAACUUCAGAAGCCUUUUUAAACCUUUUUUAAAUAGUGGGUUCUGUACUAAUGUUAAAGAAAGGCUGAGGCAGUGAUACUUUAUGAAUAAAUAUAUUAACUCAAUAAUAAAACGUCUAAGGAUGGUGCUACACCAUCUGGCAUGAAAAGAAAAGGGGACAGUUUGAUGCAAAAUCUUUAAAUAAAAGUUAGAAUCUAAUAACAAUAAAGGUUUUAUAAAAAAGAAGGGUUAGAAAAUCUACACACAAUACCCCAUAAUGACAAAGUGAAAACAGGUUUUUAGAAAUUGUUGCAAAUGUA